CCCUCACAUGCAUUUCUCCGCCUCUAGUUUUGCCUUAAAUGUCUACCAUCAUAAAGUUUCACAUGCAGGAUUUUCCAACACACUGCCCUGUGUACAAUUACACUGAUGUAGCACAUUACAUCCUAAUGUGAUGUUCCACAGUAUACUGUAAUACUUGGGGAAAUCGUAGUACUGACUGUUUGAAUUGCACAGCAACAGGUCUAGCGAGACACUCCACUUGAGGCCAUGAGUCCACCUUUAGCACGAGUCGCUCUUUCAGAGCUCAGUCAUCGGUGGGGUCAACUUCGAUUCCGCCUAAAGAACAGAAAGGCAUGGGCUCAAAUGGUUGAUGAGACUUUCAUGCUACAAAGCCAGAGAGUGAAUGACAUCCCUCUCUUCUUUGCUGCCCAUGAGAAUGACGUUGGUUCCAUAAAAAAGCUCCUUAAAUGUCCAUCCACAGAUGUCUUUGAAAGAGGGGCCCUGGGGGAGACCGCACUCCAUGUGGCAGCAUUUGCAGAUCACCUACAGGCUUCAGUGGCUAUAAUGGAAGAGGUGCCUGUGCUCAUAAAUGAACCCAUAACCUCUGACCUCUACCAGGGUCUGACUGCGCUUCACAUUGCUGUGUUGAACCAAAACCUGGAUUUGGUAAAUCAGUUAAUUGCCAAAGGCGCUGAUGUAGCAACUCCUAGGGUGACUGGUAUCUAUUUCAGGAAAAGAAGAGGAGGACUCCUGUACUAUGGCGAACACAUUGUGUCUUUUGCUGCUUGUGUGGGAAACGAAGAGAUUCUCAAUGCACUGAUCAAUGCUGGAGCCAACAUCAGGGCGCAAGACACCUUUGGAAACACAGUGCUACACAUUCUUGCUAUGCAGAAUAGUAAAGAUUCUGUCACCAAAGUUAUUGACAUCUUCUUGGCAUCGGAUAAAGAGCUGAACAGAGACAUACCACUGUACCGCCAAACCAACUACCGGGGAUUAACUCCCUUAAAAGCAGCUGCAAAGGAUGGCAAUAUUUUGGUGUUUCAACAUUUGGUCAAGAGCAGACGGCUAAGCCAGUGGACUUUGGGCCCUCUCGACUCCUAUCUUUACGACCUGACGGAAUUUGACUCAUAUGGCGAUGAAUUCUCUGUACUGGAGAAUGUCGUAGUGAGCCAGAAAAAAGAGGCGAGGAAGGUGCUGGAUUUACCUCCAGCAAAACAGCUCAUUGAUCUCAAGUGGAAGUUAUAUGGCAAACAUUAUUUUAGGUUUUUGGCACUGCUAUACCACUUGUACAUGGGGAUCUUUACUCUCUGCUGUGUCUACCGCCCACUAAAGCCAGUCCCAGAGAAUUACACCCAGGAUAAUACUAUCUAUAUUCCAAAGACUCUGGAUGAGAGCUACCUAACAUAUGCUGACCAGUUACGAUUAGUGGGAGAGAUGAUCAGUGUCCUGGGUGCUUUUAUUAUACUGGUACUAGAGAUUCCGGAUAUAAUGAGAAUUGGACCCAAGCAAUAUUUUGGUCGGUCAGUACUAGGAGGUCCCUUCCAUGUCACCCUGAUCAGCUAUAGCUGUUUGGUGUUACUCAUCUGCUUACUUCGAGUGGCCGAUUUGCCAGGACAGGACAAUGUCAUGUCGCUCUCUUUGAUCCUGGGCUGGUGUAACAUCAUGUAUUUCGCACGUGGAUUUCAGAUGCUCGGGCCAUACAUGAUCAUGGUGCAAAAGAUUUUGUGUGGUGAUGUAGUGAGGUUUAUUUGGCUGAUAACUGUCACACUACUUGCAUGUACCACUGCUAUGUGGAUGGUAUACAUGACCCAAGACCCAACUAAAGUCCCGUCCUUUCACUCUUUCGGUGUUACCUUGUUCUCCGAGUUUGAGGUCUCCUUAGGCCUCGUCGACCUCAUUGUUGACAACAGCCAGCCCAACCCACCAAUCGUCUACGUGCUGCAUGUCGUCUUUUCAUUGGUUUGCUCCCUUCUCAUUAUGAACCUGCUGAUCUCCAUGAUGGGUGACACGCACUGGAAGGUGACUCAGGAGAGAGAUGAGCUGUGGAAGACCCAGUUAGUUGCCACCAUACUAAUGCUGGAAAGAAGAUUACCCCGAUGUCUCUGGCCUCGGAUGGGGGUGAAUGGAGCAGACUACAAUCUGGGGGAUUGCUGGUAUCUCAGAGUGGAAGAAAAAAACGAGAAGGAAAGAAAGAAGACGCAUCACUCUAACUCUAACUUGUUUUUGAACAAUAGUGGGAAAAAAGAGCAGGUCUCAUCUUUGGAGGACAUUGUUUGCAAAGCCAAGCCAAUAAUUUUGGGUGGAGGAGGCAGAAGAGGGGGGAAGAGGCAUUGGCAAGCACUUAAGGCAUCUUAUGAGGCGCAAAAGCAAAAGGAAGCCAAAACAAAAAUGAACCUGCCCUGAGAGGCAUAUAUAGUGUAAUCAAACCAAGCAGAACAAUUUCUAUAGAUUAAAUACACAUUCACUGUAUAAUACUAAGGGAGAUGUGCAGGAACUGGACACAGAACUGAAGAAAUUAUAUGUGACAUAUAAAAAAAAUUCUUCCCCAUAUAAGCAUUAUACCGGUGUGCAGAGAUUUACGAGAUUAAUAAUAAUACUGUGUGUAGAAAAAGCUCUUGAAUCCUACAACUUUACUGGCACUGUUUACAUAUUGCCACCAUGUCUCACUUUUCUGUCUCUCAAAGAAUAAAAAUGGAUUACAAAUAUAUGAA